AGAGAGAGACAUUCAUGCGCGUCGUCGUAACGUUUUAUGAAAGUAGUUCCGGGCACCUAACCCAAGCUGGGGGAGAGUCCCGGAUGUUGGCUCGGAAAAGGCGGAGAGAAGCUGAAGAGGGACGCCACGGCACCGCACGCACACCGGCGAAGCGACGACUACGGCGCUUCUUUGCACAGGACGAUAACGCGAAGAGCACGGGACACUCCCGGGGAACCCCCCAGCUAGCUGAAGAAGAGGAGGUGGAAGGAGGGGGAGGGGGCAGUCACUCACUCUGAAAACUACCGUCAGGAUUAAAGAGAGCUACCGUCACGGCAGCUUUCACCCAGAGCUUGCCAGAAGAUCUUUUUGAAUUUGCAAGAAAACACAGUGGAGUCGACCUUCAGAGGACGUCAUGCUGAUGUCUUGAGCUGAGGAAGUUCUUCAUCCUCGACCUGCCUCUGUUUGUUAUUCCCCACCUGGUCCCCUCCGCCUCAGUCGACGGGCAGCGUCCGGCUCCACAGUCUCCCCACCCCUCUCCUGCCCGGCCUGCCGUCGCCAUGACGUCGGAGCUGGAGAGCAGCCUGACCUCCAUGGAUUGGCUUCCUCAGCUGACCAUGCAGGCGGCCAUCCGCAAGGCGGAUGCUCAGAGCGCCCACGGCCCCGGCAUGGGCAAGAAGAGCGCCCUGCUGGAUCCUAACACCACGUUGGACCAGGAGGAGGUGCAGCAGCACAAGGACGGCAAGCCGCCGUAUAGCUACGCCAGCCUCAUCACUUUCGCCAUCAACAGCUCGCCAAAGAAGAAGAUGACACUGAGCGAGAUCUACCAGUGGAUCUGUGAUAACUUUCCCUACUACAGGGAGGCGGGCAGUGGCUGGAAGAACUCCAUACGGCACAAUCUGUCAUUGAACAAGUGUUUUCUCAAAGUGCCUCGCUCCAAAGACGACCCGGGAAAGGGCUCUUACUGGGCCAUCGACACCAACCCAAAGGAGGACGCCUUGCCCACGCGGCCAAAGAAGAGGCCGCGGUCUGGAGAACGGGCAUCCACGCCGUACAGCCUGGAGUCAGAGUCUUUGGGGAUGGAGUGUAUGAUCUCUGGAAGUGCCUCUCCAACACUGGCAAUCAACACUGUGACUAACAAGGUGGCGCUGUACAACACAGACCAGGAAGGGAGCGAUAGUCCAAGAAGCAGCCUUAACAACAGCCUGUCCGAUCAGAGUCUGGCCUCCGUCAAUCUCAACAGCGUGGGCAGUGUGCACAGUUACACGCCGGUGAGCAGUCACCCGGAGCCCGUGUCCCAGUCUAUGAGCCUCCAGCAGCCCCCGCAGUCCCAAUACAACAUGCCCGACAGGGACAAGCAGCUCCUGUUCUCUGAAUUUGAAGAUCUCAGUGCCUCCUUCCGCAGCCUUUAUAAGUCUGUUUUUGAGCAGUCCUUCAGCCAACAAGGUCUGAUGGGCAUACCGUCUGAUUCCCCCCAGCAGUCCCACACCUCCUGCUCCUACCAGCACUCCCCCAGUGGCACCAUUAGCACUCAGAACAGCCUCUCAAACAACCAACCCAACAGCCACCCCGCCAACCCGGGCCAGGUAACCCUGUCCCAUCCGGCCCAAGCCCACCCCGGCCACGGCUCCCCCCACGCACAGCACCUCCCGCAGCACGGCGGCCCCCACAACCAACACGCCCAGCACAGCCAGCACCCGCAGCACCCGCAGCACGCUGCGCACUCCCAGCACGGGCAGCACCCGUCGCAGCACCCGUCCCACGGCCAGCACCCGCAGCAACACACGGCGCACCCCUCCCAACACACGCAGCACAGCCAGCACCCGCCUCAGCACGGACAGCCGCAUCAGAGCCUCUCCCACCAGCCCCAUCCUACCCAGCAACAGAUGGCCUGCAACACAGGUUUACUGUCAGACUGGUACCCAAAUCUGGAUGCACUGAAAGAAAGCUGUCGUAUUGCUAGCAGCUAUAACUGGGCUGAUGUCGACCUUUCACCUUUCCAAGGAUUGAGAGAGAGUAUGAGACAAGCAGAGCUGAACAACUGGUCCCUGGAACCCACCCAGAUCGCCGACCUCUGCUCGUCCAUCAACCAGUUUUUUGCCCGCACCGGCGUAAUCCAGCCACAAGGGGCAGUGCCGCCUCCUGUUUGUCAUGGCACCAUGCACCCCAGCAAACCCAGCCAGCACCUCACCACAGGAAAUCUCUACAUGGACACCAGACAGAGCAUGUCCAUGAUGGGUCCUCCAGGAUAUCCACACAUGCCCCCCAUGAGCAGCACAGGACCCACAAUGACAGGACACCAUGCACAGAUGAACCAGCAGCACAUGAUACCUACCAGAAACUUCCAGAUGCAUCGCAUGCCAGCCGAUGACAUCCAGGAUGACUUUGAUUGGGACUCCAUUGUCUAGCCCCUAGACCUCCUUUUGCAAAAAAAAAAGGGGGGGGGAAACCGAGGAGAGGAGGUGGAAGCCAGAGGAAGCCCGGCUGUGAUGAAAGGCUGCAGGAGGGGGAGGAGGCCACUGUGGGUGGAAUGCAGAAGAACAUUUGACAAAGCUCCGGAGGAAGACAGACUUCCAAAGUCCUGACAUUUUUACAAGCAAAAGAUAACGAGAAUAAUGUUACUUUGAAGACAAUCAUACUUAGUUGGACACGUUAAAGUGAUUGCUUAUGUACUCGCCGAGAGGCGAGUAGAACACAUUCUCAUCCGAACCACGUGCUCCUCAGCUCCUCAGCCAGCAGCCUCCCAGAGCCCGACCCUCCCCGUCCCCCCCGACCCCCCCCACCCUCAACCCUCUGCUCCGUAACUGUUAUGUGAUUUGAGCAACGUGUUCCGCUUGUAAUUCUUCUCGUGUUGACAUUGGCCUCAGCUGCCUCUUGGAUGAGUUUUAUCUCUUUGAGAAAAAGAAAAAAAAAAAAGGAAAAAAAAGAUUUUUGUAUUCUUUUUGUUUUUU